GGGAACGUUCUGGUAAUGCUCUCUUUCAAAGUCAACAGCCAGCUGAAGACAGUGAACAAUUACUACUUGCUGAGUCUGGCAGUAGCAGACCUCAUCAUUGGCGUCUUCUCCAUGAAUCUGUAUACCUCUUAUAUACUGAUGGGCUACUGGGCUUUGGGAAACCUUGCCUGUGACCUGUGGCUGGCCCUGGAUUAUGUUGCCAGCAAUGCGUCAGUAAUGAACCUAUUGGUGAUCAGCUUUGACAGGUACUUCUCCAUCACCAGGCCCCUGACCUACAGAGCGAAACGGACACCCAAACGGGCAGGGGUCAUGAUAGGUUUGGCUUGGCUGGUGUCACUUGUCCUGUGGGCCCCACCUAUUCUCUGUUGGCAAUACUUUGUUGGGAAGAGAACCGUCCCUGAAAGGCAAUGCCAAAUCCAGUUUUUUUCUGAGCCCGUAAUAACCUUUGGGACAGCAAUUGCUGCAUUUUACAUCCCUGUGUCUGUUAUGACAAUCCUAUACCGCCGCAUCUACAAGGAGACAGAGAAGAGGACCAAAGAUCUGGCAGAGCUGCAGGGGAUUCACUUUCCUACAGACACUCCAACCUCCCAACCGCAGAAGACCAUUAUCAGGUCCUGUUUCAGCUGUAAACUAAAGUCAGCCUCGCACGAUCCAAAUCAAGCAUCCUGGUCCUCCUCAAACAGGAGCAACGCUACCAAAUCAGCAGCAACAACGAGUGACGAGUGGUCCAAAGCUGAUCAGCUGACCACCUUCAACAGUUACGCCUCCUCAGAGGAUGAGGAGCGGUCUGUAUCUCCAGGGGUAUUCCAGUCCUCCUACCAAAACCAGGCCUGCGAGGCCAGCAAAUGUGCCGUAAGCAGCGAGAACGAGCAGCUCAGCAGCUAUGAAGACGACAGCUUCUUCCAUACUUCACCCAAAAGCAGCUCACAGAAGAGCAAGAAGUGUGUUUCCUACAAGUUUAAACCUGUGGCUAAAGACACCGAUGCCCAGCAGCAGGAUAAAAAUGGGGACACCAAAAUGGCACCGUCGACAUUCUCCUCUGCCGAGUCCAUGAGCAUUCCAUGCACCUCCUCAACAUCUAAGCCUAUGGAUGCCACACUGAAAAACCAGAUCACCAAAAGGAAGAGGAUGGUGCUGAUUAAGGAGAGGAAGGCAGCCCAAACGCUUAGCGCGAUCUUGCUAGCUUUCAUCCUGACAUGGACUCCUUAUAACAUUAUGGUGCUCAUUUCCACCUUCUGCUCGGACUGCAUCCCCCUCUCCCUCUGGCAUCUGGGCUACUGGCUGUGCUAUGUCAACAGCACAGUUAACCCCAUGUGCUAUGCCCUCUGUAACAAGACCUUUCAGAAGACCUUCCGUAUGCUCCUGUUGUGCCAAUGGAAGAAGAAACGGGUUGAGGAGAAACUCUACUGGUACGGGCAAAACCCUGUUGUCAGCACAAAAAUGACAUGA